GGGCAGGGGAUCCCCUCCCACCCUGGCAGAGAAAGUCCAAGCUAAUACUGAGAGCUAUGUCUAGUCAAAUUCAUCCCCAUAGUUACUGUGGGGCGUCGAAGCCAGGGCCCCUAAAUUCACUGUCAUGAUCCAGAAGAAGGUGUUCAGAGUUCAAGCCCAGCUCCUUGACAUGGCAUCUGGCUCCUGGGAAAGUAACUGAUGUGGAAGUGUGACCAGAGUUAGGCCUAAGGGGUCCUGGGCUUCCCCAGGAACCAGAGAACUCAGUCCAUGCAGGGCCAGUUAGUUUUAAAGACUGCAUAUCAGCACUUAUAACUGUCCUAGGAUUAGGCUAAGAGGUAGAACACUGGUUAUCCACUAGGAUGACCAACCAUCUUAGUUUGCCUGGGAUUGAGGGGUUUCCUAGGACAUGGGACUUGCAGUUUUAAGACCAGAAAACUCCUGGGCGAACUGGGAUGAGUUGGUCAUCCUCUUCUCAACCCUGGCUGCACGUUAGACUCUCUUGAGGAGCCUCUCAUUUAGAGUCUAAUUUAAUUGAUUCAGGUAGUUGUAUUUUUUUAACGCUCUGAGGUUGAUUCCAACAAGCUACCACAGUUGAGAACUACUAGGCUGUAGACAGUGUUUCCAAUAACCAUUGAAGAUGUUUGGUUUUUGAGCAGAAGUGGACCGAGACGUCCCUGAAAGGGGUGUAUGACUCUGUGUGUUGGUCUUUCGCCUUAGCAAGAGGGAUAUCAAGCUGGCAGUUGCCUACUAUUGCUAUUAUCUGUCCCCACCGCCAGGCCUUCUUUCUCAUUGGUGAGGACCAAGCUUUCUCUUUUCCCGGCAUGCUCCGAUACCCUCUCCCUGAAGACAGGAGGUCAGUGGAAUUGCCUCAUUUUGAUUGGUGGAAUCAUGAUUUACACAGUUGCAGAUGAAGCUGGCAUGAGACUUGAUACAGGACUGCCAUCUCUAGGUCUGGGACAUGUGCCCCGGAGACUGAUGGUCUAGAGGCUAACUGUGAGACUGUGUGUGCUUUGGCUUUGCCCCGUGGGGUGUGGGAGCUUGGAGACCAGGUGCUUCUGGGACUGUCCUCUCUGCAGGCCUCCAGGAUCAUGUGGUAUGUCAGCACCAGGGGCGUAGCCCCACGGGUCAACUUUGAGGGGGCCCUCUUCUCUGGCUAUGCACCCGACGGGGGCCUCUUUAUGCCUGAAGAGCUCCCACAGUUGGACAGAGAGACCCUGUGCCAGUGGAGCACACUCUCCUAUCCUGGCCUGGUGAAGGAGCUGUGUGCCCUCUUCAUUGGCUCUGAGCUCCUUCCAAAAGAUGAAUUAAAUGAUCUGAUCGACCGAGCCUUCAGCAGAUUCCGUCACAGAGAAGUGGUCCAUCUGUCCAGGUUGAGGAAUGGGCUGAACGUGUUGGAGCUGUGGCAUGGCGUCACAUAUGCAUUUAAGGACCUGUCCCUGUCCUGCACAGCACAGUUCCUGCAGUACUUCCUGGAGAAGAGGGAGAAGCACGUCACUGUGGUUGUAGGAACAUCUGGGGACACAGGAAGUGCUGCCAUUGAGAGUGUUCAAGGGGCAAAGAACAUGGACAUUAUCGUUCUGCUGCCCAAAGGUCACUGCACAAAGAUUCAGGAGCUCCAGAUGACAACGGUGCUGAAGCAGAACGUACAUGUGUUUGGAGUGGAGGGAAACAGCGAUGAGCUCGAUGAGCCGAUCAAGACUGUGUUUGCCGAUGUGGCUUUUGUCAAGAAGCACAAUCUGAUGAGCCUGAAUUCGAUCAACUGGUCCCGGGUCCUGGUGCAGAUGGCCCAUCACUUCUUUGCUUACUUCCAGUGUACGCCAUCCUUGGACACACAUCCCCUACCCCUGGUGGAGGUGGUUGUGCCAACAGGGGCUGCCGGUAACCUUGCAGCUGGGUACAUUGCUCAGAAGAUAGGCCUGCCCAUCCGUCUGGUCGUGGCAGUGAACCGCAAUGACAUCAUCCACAGGACUGUCCAGCAGGGAGACUUCUCUCUCUCUGAGGCUGUUAAAUCAACCUUGGCAUCAGCUAUGGACAUUCAGGUGCCCUACAACAUGGAGAGGGUGUUCUGGCUGCUCUCUGGCUCUGACAGCCAGGUGACAAGAGCCCUCAUGGAGCAGUUUGAAAGGACCCAAAGUGUGAAUCUGCCCAAGGAGCUGCACAGCAAGCACUCCCCGGUGCUGCCUCGCCCCUGCCUCUGCAGCCAAGUUCCCGGAAGCUGUCCUGGCUGCUGGCCUGACCCCUGAGACUCCCGCGGAGAUCGUAGCCCUGGAGCACAAGGAGACACGCUGCACCCUGAUGCGGAGAGGUGACAACUGGAUGCUGAUGCUUCGGGACACCAUUGAGGACCUUAGCCAACGGUGGAGGAGUCAUGCCCUCAACACCUCCCAGUAGCCUGGCUGGAGGUGGCUUUCUUUAGGCUUCAGAUCCCAGGAAGAUGCACCUUCUGAGCUGCCUUGUGCACCCUCCCCAUUAAGCGUAGGUUAGGAGGUUUCCGGGAGGCUGCUCAGCUGGAUCUGGAGCCAGCUGGCUUUGCUCCAUUCCCUGGCUAGUCUGUGCCUGGUCACCAGGGAGGCUGAGUGAGGGGCUGUGAACAGUUGCCAGAAGCACCCCCUCCCUCCCUGGCCUGUGCAGCAGUGUCUGAGCUGUAGUGAAAGUUUCAGGGCCUGCAAAAGAAGAGGCUUGGGCACAGGAGUGACCAUGGCUCCAGGGGUUUAGGACCCCAGACCUGUGAAGGUGGGAGCAGCUCACCACCUUCACGCAGGCUUUGUAUGUUCUCUGAGCCUUAGUUGAUUUUGGCCCCCAAACCAAAUCCAAAGGUUCUGGCCCGCCUUGUCAGAGGCUUCCACCCUGCUCACAUGUUGGGAAUCCCUGGAAUAAAAUGCUUGUUCAGUGUGAUGAA